AUGGGAGACUACGACCUUAUACUCACAGGUGUCCUCCUGCUCGGUCUCUUCUUCAACACAUACCUCUAUGGAAUCUGCACGUAUCAAUUUGUGGCCUACAUGCAAUCUAAGUUUUGCGAUCCUUGGUGGAUUCGAUCCGUUGUUGGAGCUCUCUUUGUUAUCGACACAUUGCACAGUGCAGUGUACAACUUGUCGUUUGUUCGUGGCAUCAGGGCUGAUUCUCAUAGGGCUGUCGUGUCUAACUACGGAAACCCGGCCAGUUUAGGAUAUGUUGGCUGGACCAUCCCCUUCACGGCUGUCGCGACGUCUCUGACCGCGAUUGUCUCUCAAAUCUUUCUGGCCCACAGGGUAUAUCUUCUCACCAACAGCGAAGCGCUGUUUUGUUCCAUCUCUUUCUUGUCGGUGCUAGGCUUUGUCUUUGGCUGCGUUGCUGGCAUCAAGUCUGGGAUUAUCGACGAAGUAGCCAAAUUUGGUCCCAUAGCGGCAUAUGUCACCGUCUGGCUUGGUCAGGAAAACGGGUCUCAUCGAAUCCAUCUCACGCAUCCUCCAGCGUUCCAGACGAGCGCGGAUAUAGCCAUCACCAUGUGCCUUACCAUUUCGUUGACACGUUCCAAGACUGGCUUCCGGGCCACAGACAGUGUCAUCAAUAAGCUCAUCGGAGGAGCCAUCAGGACGGGGUUGUUCGCUUCAAUGUUUGCAUUCGGAGAUUUGUUUUCGUUCCUUCUGCACCGAAACACCAACCUGUAUGCGAUGUUUGCAUACCCGAUUGGGCGCAUUUAUACCAAUACCUUGCUUCAUACCCUCAAUGCACGCGUGGCCCAGAUUCGCGAGACAACACACUCUGCACCGAUCACCCAUGUCACCUCGGUUUUUGUUCGAAAGGAAGUCGCUACCGACGAAGGCUCUGAAGAGAGACUGGAGUAG